GGUUAGUGAUCUGCCUUCUAGCCUUUGUUGGUAGAGAGUUCGGAGAAGCAAUCAGAGGGGAGCUCGGUAUUGUUGCAGCAAUAAGACGGUUGCUUCAACAAAGCAAACAGAAAAUCCGAAUCAUUGCCUGACUGCAUCCAUGUUCUAAUAUCAGAAAUCCGAGGAGAUCAAAAUUGCGGUGAAACCCGUAGCGUACUUGGGUCCGUAUUACCUUUAGGAGUGGGAAUCCUCGAUUGGUUAUCUAUAAAUAUAGCCCAGGUGCUGCCUUCUUCCAACGUAUUCCUGCAUCACAGAGAUAGGCGGUCGUCAAUUAUAAACGAGAGGGCAGCCGUAAAGAGCCCUGCUUCGUGCUGCCGUCUGGCAUUCAAGAUUGCAACUUUCCAGUGCUGAAGCAAUUCAUCUUCCAUGGAGACCUGUAGCUUAGCCCGGAUGAUGAUGAGACUACAAAGUCUAGCGAUGCACCCGAGAGAUUUGUGCUCUCUAAUCUUUAGACUAUUGCCAGAGCUGCUAGGCCUCCCACCCUUUUUACUGAAGAAAGUCUGCAAAGAUGAACAUGUGCAUCCAAGACUGAUGAGGACUACGGUGGGCAUGUUGCCAGAACUGCCAAAGGACAUCCUCAUCGAUAUAUUUGUUCUGCUCGACACCCCUGAUCUUGUCCGUGCAGGCUCUGUCUGCUCAUCAUGGUAUUCCGCCUCCACCAGCCUUUGCAACCUUGGGCUCUGCAGGCGGUCACAGACACCAUGCCUGCUAUACACCUCUGAAUCUGCUGGUGAGAGUGCUGCUGGACUCUACAGCCUCGCUGAGAAGAGGUCUUACAAAUUGACUCUUCCAGACCCACCUAUUCGCAGUAGGUAUGUUAUCGGCUCUAAUCAUGGCUGGAUCGUUAGCGCCGAUAAUAGAUCUGAGCUGCACCUUCUCAAUCCCAUUACAGGUGACCAGAUCGCCCUGCCUUCGGUCACAACCAUCGAGCAGGUGAAGCCUGUUUUUGAUGACUAUGGUGCCCUUCAUAAGUAUGAGCUCUCCCGGUACACUGCACUGAAGGUUUAUGAGGCACCCAGAGUCUUUGAUCUUGGCGAGCUGCGGGAGUACGUUUACCUAAAGGCAUUUCUGUCAUCUGAUCCGUCCACUGGAAACUAUUAUGUUGUGCUCAUCCAUUACCCUUACAUGCAACUUUCAUUUGCAAGAGCCGGUGAUGAUAAGUGGACUUGGCUACCACCACAUACUUAUUGUUCUGACUGCAUCAUUGAGGAGGAUCUGUUCUAUGUGGCAAGUCAAGAUGGUGCAAUCCAUGCGUUUGAUAUCAGUGGCCCUGCAGUAACACAAAGGGUUAUUCUGGAUGAGAUCAAGGAUUACAUUUCUGACAAGAUAUACAUUGCUCAAGCUCCAUCUGGCGAUCUUUUGCAAAUUUGGAAGUAUACUGAGGAUCCAGACUACAACGACGAUGUUUCAGAGCUUCAAAUUGAUGCGGAGUUUUAUGCACGCUGUUCCACCACGUGCAAAGUACAUAAAGUUGACUUGGCAGCAAAAAAGCUUGUGGAGAAAAAUAGCUUAGGUGAGAAUGUGUUGUUUCUUGGGCAUAAUCCAUCGCUUUGUCUACGUGCUGGCGAAUAUCCCCGGUUGAAGGCAAAUCAUGUCUACUUCACUGAUGAUUGUGACUACUUGCCUUCUGGACAGAGCCAGCACCGCUAUAUUAGAAUUCACAAUUUAGAAAAUAGCUGCAGUGAGGAAAUUGUGUCCCCUCAGCUUUGGGCCAACUGGCCAGCCCCUGUUUGGGUAAUACCAAAUCCCAGAAAGAUGAAUCUGGCAUGAAAAUAUUAAAAGUAGGAUGGCCUACUUCUUGUAAUUUUUCCCAUUAUUCUAGUGUUGACUAAAAAGAUAUCUUGCCAAUUAAAUGUUAGCAUGUAAUAACAAAAUGAUUGGAUUUAUUUGCUACA